AGGAAACAAAUACUGAAAAGUCUUCAACACCAAACUUUUAGUAAAACGACAUGAAUACUUUCUCAUUUUCCAUUUCAUUUGGCUUUUCAUUUUGCUAAAGGAGACAAUGCAGAGGUCUUCUUCUUCUCAGUCUAGCCCUCCUAUAGGCACUUUUAUUCAAGGUGUGGUUAAGGAAAUUAUUUCUGGAGACACUCUUGUUAUCACUGGGAAAGCUUCCCAAUCUGGUCCCCCACCUGAAGUAAGACUUUCUUUGUCCUCGCUAACUGCUCCCCGAUUCUCGACAAGAGCCAAAAAUACAAACCAAGAAAGUGAAGAAGCGGAAUCACUGAAAGAGGAAAAUAACCCAACUUAUGUACAACUAGAGCCAUUUGCUUGGGAUUCUCGAGAAGCUCUGAGAGAGUUGACUAUAGGCAAACCGGUUAUCUUUCGCGUCGACUACAAAGCUGACAUAGCUGGAGGGAGAUUAUUUGGUUCCGUUUAUUUAACUGAUAAAAGAUCGGUGAGUCACUUUAUGGUAUCAUCGGGUCUUGUCAAGGUACGCAGACCUCCACCUUCUUCGAACGAAAAAAAGGCACCAGAUUUUGACCAACUCGUGAAAUUAGAAGAUAAAGCAAAAGAAGAGAAAAAAGGAUUGCACGGCGAGUUGUCCACUCAACAAGUCAUUCUUGUGACUAGGCAGCCUUUUGCAAGCCAAGAACUGCCAAAGGGCACAAAACUAUUUGGUUUGGUGGAGCAAGUCUUGAACGGGAGUUUAUUUAGAAUGCUCGUUCCAGAAAACUUGGAAGAAGCCAAAGUUUCAUUUCAUUCAGAAAGAUGUCGUUAUAGAUCGAUAUUAGUUGUCCUUCCUGGUGUUCAAAGUCCAGGUUUCAAGGUGGAAUCACAUUCAACUGAAACAAAGCUAGUUCCUCAACCUUUUGCGUUAAAUGCGCGAUUAUUUUCUGAACAAAGACUUCUCAACAGAGUUGUAAGAUUGGACGUAGUUGGCUUGGAUAAGAACGGAUCCAUUCUUGGAGAAGUUUUCCUCGUAUCCGAUAGAAAGGAAGGAGAAGAUGUUGAGCACUAUAUUGGAGAAGAUCUUCUUCGUGCUGGUCUUGCUCGUACAAACAAUUGGGGACUUGAGCUAUCUCCUCGUUCUGGUCAACUUAUGAAAGCAGAAAAGUGCGCAAUAGAACAACGUUUAGGUGUUUGGCAAAACUAUGUUCCUUUUGCCAACGCACCAGUUGUGCUCUCAGGAUCUUUUAAAGGGAAAGUUGUAGAAGUAAUAGCUGGUGAUACAAUUGCAGUAUUACCACAAGGUCAGAAGGACCCAAGAAGAGUCAGUUUUGCUAGUUUACGCUGUCCUAGACUUGGCAAGGGACGCGAAUCGGAUGCACCACUGUCCUUUGAGUCUAGAGAGUUUCUACGAAAACUUUUGAUAGGAAAGACUGUGAAUGUUGAGAUGGACUACAAACGCAAGAUUCAGUCGAGUGGAAGUCAGGAUUCGGGUAAUCUUACCAUAGAGUUUGCAACCGUUACAUUGAAUGGCAAAGAUAUUGGUGAAAUGUUGGUUUCCAAUGGGUUCGCGACUGUAAUUAGGCAUAGGAAUGGAGAAGAGCGAGCAAGAAACUAUGAACACUAUAUUGAAUUAGAGAAAGAUGCAGUUUCAGGAAGGAAAGGAGUUCACGACAUGAAGGGAAUUGUAUCAAGUUUUCGAAGAAUUAACGAUUUAUCAUCCAAAGAAGCAACAAGACGAGCCAAAGAAAGUUUUCCCCAUUUCCAGAGAACAGGUCCAUUUCAUGGCAUUGUGGAAUAUAUUUUAUCUGGUUCGCGUUACAAGAUUCUGUUACCGAAAGAAUCGACUAUGAUUGCAUUCGCACUUGAAUAUGUUCGUUGUCCACCGUCAUCGAAAGCAACGGCAAUGAGGAACGAUAUUGGAGAUGCAGCUUUGCAUUUUGCUAGAGACAACAUUCUUCAACGAGAUGUGGAAGUGCGUUUUUCGACUGUUGACCGAGUUGGAACUUUUAUUGGAAAAAUGAGAGUCUUGGAACGUAGCAGUUCGGAUGAUUUGGAAUGGGAAAGAACCCUUUUAGAACAAGGUCUAGGUUAUCUUAACGAAAUGAUAAGAGAUAAGGCUCCUUCUAUUCUUAAAGAGAAGGAAAAGAUUGCAAAGGAGAAUCAGAAAGGCCUCUGGUCAGUCAUUUCGGAACAAAAUGGUUCCGAAACGAAAAGAGCAGACACUUAUAUACAAUUUUAUGGCAAAGUUUCUGAAGUCGGUGGCGGAGGUCGAUUGUUUAUUCAAUCUGAGGAAGCAGACACACAAAAUAUAUUACAUGCUGUCGAACAACAGCUUUCGGAACUGGGAAUCCAUGGCGGAGGUAGAGAAAUUCCGUUUUCUGCUUUGAAAGUUGGUGAUAAAGUGGCAGCAAAGUAUUCUGUCGAUAAUCGUUGGUAUCGGGGAGUCAUUCGUGAGAAGGAUGCAUUAGAAGAAAAGUUGCUUGUCCAGUUCGUUGAUUAUGGAAAUGAGGAAUGGAUAGCGUAUGAUGAAAUUCGUGGUCUCCCCAUUUCAUCACAAAAUAUUCCAACUGCUGCUUAUUGUGUGUCACUCAAAGAUGUCGUUGUUCCAGAGUUAACGCAAGAAUAUGGUAUAGAGGCAGGAGAGGCGUUGAGAGAUUUGGUUUGGAAUACUCGAGUUUUGGUUCAAGGAACAAAAAGGAUGGAUUUUGCAACUAACAUACCACAAGUCAUCGCAGACGUGUUUGUAGAAAGUGAACAAGAGAAGAGAAAUGUAGCGGUAGAAUUGCUUCGAAAAGGACUGGCGAGAAUAUUACGACGCAAAGAUGCGACAUCUCGAGCAGCGUAUGAACGAUAUGGACAAGAAGAAGAAGUGGCUCGUCGUGCACAUCGUUUUCUAUGGAGAUUUGGAGAUGCUUAUGCUUCUGAUGAGGACAUGGAAACGUAAAUAAACAUACAUCAGCUUAUAGACAACUAUAGUGA